AACCCUAAAUAUAUGACCCCCACAGUCUCCGAUCGUACCCCGCGAUGGAUCUCGAUAAGCCGACUGCUAAGUGUUUGAGUUAAGUCAUAUAUAUCAGCGUAUAUAUUGCAUGUAGCUGCAGAGAUCUCGAAACAUCGGGCGCACCACAACCUGUUGUAGAUCGUUGAUCAUUCAGUGCUGCGGUAUCACCCUAACAACAAGAUGGCUGCGCCGGUCCGUAUUGAUAUACUGCUGUACGGCCUCGGCGCUGUUGGGUCUUUCUAUGCAUUCAUCCUUAGCCGCAACAAGAAUGUACGACUGACAGUUGUCGCCCGGUCAAAUUAUGAUGCGGUAAAGGCCAGUGGCCUUAGUAUCACCAGCGAGAACCACGGAGAACAUAAAGUGACACCGUAUAAAGUGGUGAAGACCCCCGCGGAAGCUGGAUCUACUUUUGACUACGUCGUUUGUGCCCACAAAGCAAUCGACCAAGCAUCCGUCCCCAGGCAGCUUAUUCCAGCUGUAGAUGAAAGGGAAACUACAAUUGUCAUCAUCCAGAACGGCGUUGGGAACGAAGAGCCAUUUCACGAAGCGUUUCCCGGCGCAACUAUACUAUCCUGUGUGACUUGGGUUGGAGCCAAUCAGCCGCAGCCCGGCAUCGUUAAACACACAAAAUCAGAGGACAUGCAAAUCGGCCUGUUCCGGAACACGUCUCUCGAGGAAUCGCUGGAAAGAGAGCGCUUAAACAUAUUCACGACACUGUUGGCAAAUGGAAACACCGUUUUCCAGGUUGUGCCUGAUAUCCAGGUUCAGAGAUGGGAGAAGGUGGUUUGGAAUGCGGCUUGGAACUCACUCACUACUUUAACUAUGCUAGACACACAUAACUGGCUCAAGUCUUCACCCGAAGCCACGCCACUGACUCAGAGGCUGAUGCGCGAAGUUAUCGACGUUGCUAAUAAAUGCAAUGUGCCGCUUGAGUAUUCCCUGGCAGAUCGUCUAAUCAAUAAGAUUUUGGGGAUGCAUACCAUCGGAAGCAGCAUGCAGGUUGACGCCAAGAACGGAAGGCCAAUGGAGGUAGAAGUCAUUCUUGGAUACCCUGUCAGGAAGGGUAAAGAGCUAGGCGUCAGUAUACCGACCUUGGAAACCAUCUAUGUCAUCCUAACGGGGAUGAAUCGAAGAUUCCUCGGGUUGGCGACUCUAUAGUUGGACGAGAAUAUCAAGAGAAAUCAAUGAGCUAUGCGUCGACUCCAUAUUCAAGCAGCAUUUGUACGCAUGAGUAGUCAAGAGAUGAAGAUACCAAUGAAGAUCCUGGUACAUAUUGAAAUGGUACGGUGUGCACUCGUCAGUCGUAUAAUCUUCAUUGGCAAUGAUUCUUCACACAGUAGGUGCGUGACCAACAAGAUAAAUAUCAAGUGUACCUCCAUACGACGCGAAAAAGGGUGUCUCAGUUUUGUUACCUAAUUAUAGCUUGAUGCGCCGAGACACCUCGCUCUCAGCUCGCUCGCUAUUAACCAUCUCGGGCACUAGUUGUUCAACAGUAGUGGCCCCGGCUAAUGCCAUGCUUGUCUCAAUCUCAACCCGGAAUAAUUGCAACAGUCGCCUGACACCGGCCUCUCCAUACUCGGCCGUCAUAGAAUACAGAAAGGGACGCCCGAUACCGACAGCCGAGGCACCAAGCGCCAGUGCCUUCGAAUCUCCAGCAGUGUUAAUAUUGGGGCUUGCGCCCCAUCGAGCGAUCGUCCUCCAUGGUUAGACAAUACAAUUCCUUGCACCCCAAGGUCGUACGCAAGCGCGGCAUCCUCAACAGUCUG